AUGAUGCGCAGAAAAGACUUAGAAAAGUUUAUAAAGUUUUUAGUGUUAAAAUCGACGCAAGUGGUCGUGCAAUCACGUCUCGGUGAAAAAAUUCAAACGCAAUGUAAUCCGCUAGCCACUGGUACUGACUGGUUCAAUAUUGUUAUACAAGAUCAUCCAGAUGUUUAUGCGGAAGCGAAAAAUGCGCUUGGGCUGGGCCCAGGCGAAAGUAUUAUCAAACGUUUACCAUUAUGUAUAGAAAUCUCUUUAAAAACAGUAGAAGGCGAUCAAAUGGUCUUAGAAGUAUGGACAAUUGAUUUGCAAACAACUGGCCUUAAAGACAGAAAUGAUACAAAAGGUGGUGCAACAACAAAUUCAGAACAACAAACAUUGAAAGCAGCACAUGCAAUUUAUAACAAAAUGAGCAUACUUUUGAAAUCUUUAAUCUCGUUAACCCGCGCCACGCCUGCCUACAAACUUUCGCGUAGGCAAUGCGCAGAUUCGUAUGGCAUUUACUAUCGUAUUUACGUGGACAAACCAAAGGUACAUACACUGGGUGAAGGCUACAAAAGUGUACGUAUCGGACAAAUGAAUACAAUUGUGGGCGCACUAACGAUGUCAGUGGCGUAUCGCGUAAAAAUGACAAUUACUCCAACAGCGGCACAAACUCGUAAUGGUGAUGGGAAUACAAUUAUGGUAAAAUCAGAUCAUUUUCGACCAGCAGACGCUUCACCUACGCCUCCAAUGUUGGCAGGCAAAAAAGGCAGCGGUGGUGGUGCAGCAGACCGAAAAGUAAUUGAUAUUGAGAAACCGCUACGACCUGGUGCCUUUACUGACCUUGGCAAGUUGCGCCAGUACACAGAAGAUGAUUAUGUGUUGCCUGAAACACCACCCUUCGAAUGGCUGCUGCGGCGCACACGUUGUGAAAGUGGUGGAAGCAAUGGUGAAUAUGGUUCAAUAGAGUCGCUUAAUCGUAAAAGCGAUCCAAUUGCUACCUCGCCGACAACAAAUGGACACCAAAAUCUCAUUUCCAAUAAUAAUAACAACAACAGCGGCGAAAAAGUCAAUAGUAAAAAUGUAAACAUAAAUAAUAAUAAUAAUAAUGUGGCUACGUUUAAAAGUUUCGAAAAAGAUGAAAAUACUCAAAAGACAACAGCAGAGUGUAAAAAUUUAUCACAGUCACCCGUUAAAAGUUUACUUAUACCCGCACCACCAGCUACGAGACAUCAAUCAGCGCCAAUUUUAUCAAACACGCAUGCCAUGGACGAUGACAGUUUGCUAAAGGAACUUAACUUUCCAUUCGCAUCACCAAACUCUCAUGUAAAUGAUUUGGCGAAGUUCUAUCGUGACUGUUAUCAUGCGCCACCACUACGCGGACUGAAUGAAAUACAGCCAGACAUGGGUGGUUGUGCUGCCGCUGCGGCUGUAGCAACGACUACUAGCGCCGAGGCAGCAGCUGUGGAUGAUUUAUCGCGACAACUGGAACAAUUCGAAACAUCAUUAGAGGAUUACGACAAACUAGUCUCGCAAUUAGGUUUGAGCACAUCUUCAUCAACGGGCAGCCGCAGCAGUGGUGGCCUGCAAAUGAGCAACUAAGGCUGAGUGCAUGCGCUGUGUAAAUACACUUAUAUACAAUUGUAUAUUAUACGAUAUUGGUUACAUAUAUUUUUAAAGGAUAUUAUUAUAUAUUU